AUGGGAAUCUUUGUUGAUGUCAACGCUGAUUUGUACGUAGCAGACAAUGCAAAUGAUCGGGUCCAAUUAUUCAAAUCAGGACAAUCGAUUGCCAUCACUGUGGCUGGCGAUGGAUCAAUACAGGAAACUAUUUCACUCGUUCGUCCAACUGGAGUUGUUUUAGAUAGAAAUGGGCAUCUCUUCAUUUUGGAUCGUGGAAAUCAUCGUAUUAUUAAAUCCGGACAAUAUGGUUUUCAAUGCUUAGUUGGAUGUGAUGGAGAGGGUUCUCAAUCCAAUCAAUUAUCUAAUCCGAUCACUAUGAAUUUCGAUCGAACUGGAAAUAUAUUUGUUACUGAUACGGACAAUCAUCGGAUUCAGAAAUAUACAUUCUAUGAAAACUCUUGUCUUGGUAGCAAUAUGAUGCACGCUUUGGUUUUUCGUCUUUGUUAUUUAUUUUUAUUUUGUCGAAUCACGUACCAAACGGAGUAUUCGUGUGAUUCAAAAGCUCCAUGUGGCUGCUCUCAGUUUCCUGUCGUAGCCAAUGCUCGUAUUGUUAACGGAGAAAAUGCCGAACGCAAUACUCUAUCUUGGGCUGUAUCUAUAAAGAUUCAGGCAAAUGAAGGUUAUUAUCAAUGUGGUGGUACUAUCAUUGACGAUUCAUACAUUAUAACAGCAGCUCACUGUGUUGAUUUCGUCCGAAAUCCGUCGGAUAUAUCGGUGUAUGCUGGUUCAUUACAUGUCUUCGACGGUGUAGUUAGAUCAGCAUCAGAAAUUCAUGUACAUCCGUAUUACGACGACCAACGAAACAGAAAUGAUAUUGCUUUAUUAAAAUUAGAUCGUGCAUUAGAUCUAUCAAACGAUAACUUAUCCAAAAUCUGUUUACCUAGUACUGUUGCAACAUCAGGAGAAUAUCCUAUAGCAGGUACUUCACUGUUAGCAGCGGGUUGGGGUGAUAAAUGGUCGGAAGGACCCAGUUCAACAACUCUACAACAGGUUACGAUUCAAGCAGUGGGAGCACAAACAACAUAUUGUCAACAUAUUAUUGAAGAUCCAACAGUUCAAUUAUGUGCUGGAAUAAUGCCUGGAGGCGGAAAAGAUACAUGUCAAGGAGAUUCGGGUGGUCCAUUGAUGAUGUUUAAUGCGAAUCAAACAUGGGAAUUGGUCGGUAUAAUCAGUUACGGUAGAGAUUGUGCUGUACCGGAUUAUCCUGGUGUUUAUACUCGAGUAACUUCUUACUUGGAAUGGAUCAAUACGACUAUUCCGUAUACUCCAACAUCACCGACAACACUAACAACAACACUACCAACUACAUUACCAACACAAACAACAGCCACCAAACAAACAACUACAACUGUUUUCGAUAAUUCGUCGAGUUCAAUCGGUAUAAGCACUUCUUUAUUUCUUUCAAUUAUACUUUUUCUUUUCAAAUAUUGA